AUGCGCUCCGGCUCCUUUAUUGAGGUGGGCACUCAGAUUCUGGCCCUCGGUCUAUUGGGCACUUCGCUCCAGUCUACCGCGACGAGCUUCGAUCCUGGACGCAAGGCUGCAGGGCAACAGGAGCCGCAGCAGCCGUUGGCAACCACGCGGUCAACGGCAGAGGUGCCGCUGCAGCGGACGACGCAGCCCUCAGCGCAGCCGCCACCGACGCCAGCAUCGCAUCCAACGAUAAGGCCGGCGACGUCGCAGGCUGCGCAUCGGACGGUACUUCCGACGAGGAGGCCAGCAGACAUCGAGAAGGACGGCAAAGCCGGCAGCGCAGCCAGCGACAAGCGCGACGCCUCAGUCACGAGGGGCAGCGGCCACAGGCACGACGACGGCUCCGCUAACCAAGGAGGAGCUGCAGGAGGAUUAGGAAUGGCAGAGGACCGACGCGAGGCGGAGCGGCGACAACGCGAUGAAGAGGCCUGA